CUCACGCCCUCGACCAGUUUGUAGUACAUACCAGCAAGCACGUCUCAUUGUCAUGAAUCAUGGACAGCAGGCAAUUGCGUCAGUAUACAGAAGCUAUGUUCGUGAGAUUGGACGGUUACCCCACGUUUACCUUCGUCGGGUUUUCCGUCUGAAGGCAGAGGAUGACUGUCGCGCUGCGCUGCUGAAUAAAUGUGAUGAUCGCAGGACCGGGAAGCUCAAGAGAGUUUUAAAGACCAUACAACAAGUCCGUGCAGCAAAUAAUGGCAGCCACCAGUCCUUUAACCGUAUCCUGGACCUUGCCUACGGACGGGUAGGUAAACUAAGGUGGGAAUUGAUGGAGCCCUUACUGUCUGACCCAAAUGCACCACUUCCUCCGCCAAUCAUCCCCGGCAAGGAAUCCUCGCGCCCUCCCGUAUACUCCCAAGAGCUUACCGCACUUCUCACUUCGGGUCUGGCCCGCAGGAAAAGACCUUUGGUACCUGGCGACCUCAGUUUCCCACCAAUACUUCCCCAACGUGCAGACCCUAAUUCAUCUGAUGCCCAGAUACUGGGUCCUUUCAGUAAACGCCGGGAAGUAAACGCUCGCUGGAAAUACUUCAGACAAGAGUGGAAGAAAGUGCUUCCACCUCUCCAGAUUUCCGUUUCGCCUUCUCGAGAAGUCGGCGACGAAGGCAGCGACCUGGGUACUUUGACUGCUGUCCGGAAAAUUGGCUUUGACGGUACCACUGUCCUCGAGGAGCUGGUUCAAUUAACAACAAAGCCGAAGAAUGCAUCUGGUGCUUUCCUUCCAAGACGAUGGUUGCGCAGGAGAUACCAGGAGUUGCUGGGAAGGCUCCCCAUCCUUACAUUCAUCUCAGUGUGCGAAGACAUGAAAACCAAGAAGUCUG